UGUCCAAAUUCCUGUCAUCAAUAUUUAUUUUAACCGUUUAUUAUCGUAAAUUAAAAUGUUUUGUGAAAACGAAAAUUAUUGUACUUAGUUAUCUUCAGUUACUUUAAAAUUCACCAGUUAUUAAUAUGGGAAGUAAUCAGUCUAUCAGAGCCACGCACUUCCAACGUCCUCCAAUCCCCCAACCAGCGCCGGUCCAUGAAGAAGAGAUAGAUGACAACCGAAUCAGCAUUUCAAAUAAAAUGGUAGAACGUUUAGUAGAAGAUGCGACACUGAAUGGAGCUGCGCACCCUACAACUCCGAAUUCUACGUUUGGGGAUUUUAAAGAAAAGAUUUAUAUAGAAAAACUCAAGUGUUUGGAUGACACGCAUUCAGAACGGCUGGGGUUAACAGUGGACGAAGUAAAAGCAAUGACUAAUCGUAUAGAAAUGCGUACAUCGAAUAUGGUUAGCAUUGAGCCAGUAUGCGCUGAUUACAAACAAAUUGUUAUAGACUGCUACAACAGUACAAGUUCACCAACUGAAGCAGUGCAGUGUUGGGAUGCUGUCGGCGCCUUCAGUCAAUGCGUGCAAAAUGCAGGCGCGGACCGCUUGCAUGCACGUACCGAGCGUGACGCUCGCGAUCAAGAGCGACGCUCCCGUCACGUCGCACAUGCAAGGGUACACGCUCUUAAGGAACUCUCGGGGGCACAUGGAGAUUCUCCUACUUAUGAACGAUGACAUUGGAUUUAGAAAAUUUAAAUCAAAAAAAAGUAUGAAGCGAUCUUGGCGUUGAAGACAGUAAGGGUCCGUUCAGACGUUAGAAAAACGAGGAACCCACACAUUGCCACAAUAAACAACGACAUCUAAGAAACAAUUGUCCCAGAAGAUCUAAUCUCAGUCUUACAACCAUUUUAAGUACUUGUGAAAUACUUUUAACACAUACAUAUUUCAAGGAGUAUUAAAAUCGUCUAAUAAAAACAAAUAUUUUCGUCAUGUCACUUUAUUUAAAUUAUCAUACAAAUUGUAUAAUAAUAAUGUAUUGGAUUUAUUGGGAAUCGUUUGGACGCGUCGCCUUGUUAGUCGUUGUUUUCGUUUCGUUUUAUCUCAUCGAAUUUGGGCUUGCCGACUUUUCAGUUUUCGUUGACCUUACCAGAAUAACUUUAUAAAUGUGUUUGUUAAUUGUUUACUGAUUUGUGCUUGUCUGUAUUCUCAUUGUCAAUACUAGUUCAAGAUGACGUUAGAAUGGCGCUGUGCUGUGGAACAGACUUUUCUAUCGCCCAGUAAAAGAACUCGUCCACAAUACACACACUUUACUAUAAUAUUAUCUAUGUCGUACGUCAAGAAUAGUGUUCAAAACAGAAUAAACUUU